CCCACCAGGGCACGGAUUUUUGUGUUUUGUUCCCGACUGUAUCCCCAGCGCCUAGAACCGAGGCCGGCACACAGUCCAGCAUGUGGGCGCCGCGGCUGCGCGCGCUGCAGCUGCUGCUGCUGCUGCUGCUGCUGGGCGCGUGGUGGGCGCGCGCGGGCGCGCCGCGCUGCACCUACACCUUCGUGCUGCCGCAGCAGAAGUUCACGGGCGCUGUGUGCUGGAGCGGCCCCGCGGGCGCGCGCCCGGCGCCCGAGGCCGCCAACGCCAGCGAGGUGGCGGCGCUGCGCAUGCGCCUGAGCCGCCACGAGGCGCUGCUGCGCGAACUCCAGCGCCUGGCGGCGGCCGACGGCGCCGUGGCCGGCGAGGUGCGCGCGCUGCGCAAGGAGAGCCGCGGCCUGAGCGCGCGCCUGGGCCAGCUGCGCGCGCAGCUGCAGCACGAGGCGGGCCCGGGGGCGGGGCCGGGCCCGGGGGCGGAGCCCGCCGCCGCGCUGGCGCUGCUCGGGGAGCGCGUGCUCAACGCGUCGGCCGAGGCGCAGCGCGCCGCCGCCCGCUUCCACCAGCUGGACGUCAAGUUCCGCGAGCUGGCGCAGCUGGUGAGCCAGCAGAGCGGCCUGAUCGCCCGCCUGGAGCGCCUGUGCCCGGGGGGCGCGGGCGGACAGCAGCAGGUCCUGCCACCGCCCCUGGUGCCUGUGGUUCCAGUCAGUCUGGUGGGUGGCACCGAUGACACCAGCAGGAGGCUACAGCGAGCCCCAGAGCCCCAAAAAGAACAGACCCUGAGACAGCAGGGGCCCUUGGCCUCUCCCAUGCCUGCAGGGUACCCUGCUGUCCCCACCAAGCCAGCGGGCCCGUGGCGGGAUUGUGCGGAGGCCCACAGGGCAGGCCAUGAGCGGAACGGAGUGUAUGAGCUGCGACUAGGCCGGCAUGUGGUGUCGGCAUGGUGUGAGCAACAGCUGGAGGGUGGAGGCUGGACUGUGAUCCAGAGGCGACAAGAUGGUUCUGUCAACUUCUUCACUACCUGGCAGCACUACAAGGUGGGCUUUGGACAGCCUGAUGGGGAAUACUGGCUGGGUCUGGAACCUGUGCAUCAGCUGACCAGCCGUGGGGACCACGAGCUACUGGUGCUCCUGGAGGACUGGGGGGGCCGUGGGGCCCGCGCCCACUAUGAUGGUUUCUCCCUGGAGCCUGAGAGCGACCACUACCGUCUCCGGCUUGGCCAGUACCACGGAGAUGCUGGAGACUCUCUUUCCUGGCACAAUGACAAGCCUUUCAGCACCGUGGAUAGGGACCGAGACUCCUAUUCUGGUAACUGCGCCCUGUACCAGCGGGGAGGCUGGUGGUACCAUGCCUGUGCCCACUCCAACCUCAACGGUGUCUGGCACCGAGGUGGCCACUAUCGCAGCCGCUACCAGGACGGUGUCUACUGGGCCGAGUUUCGUGGUGGGGCUUACUCUCUCAAGAAGGCUGCCAUGCUGAUCCGGCCCCUGAGACUGUGACCAUCGGUCCACCUGUCCC